AUGGACCCAGGGCUCACGUCUCUCAUGAGUCGCGGUUUCAGCCCAGAAAAUCGAGCAAAUCCGGCGCAGGUGAAACUCAUCAUUGGCAUUGACUAUGGCACCAGUUUCUCUGGCGCCGCCUAUACUCUUUUCCUCCAACGACCAAUCGACCCGCGCAUUGACACCAUUUCUGACUGGCCGAGUGCUCACCACCACCACCGCUACACGCAGAAGGUCCCCUCGGACAUCGCAUACGGCCCGAAUGGUGAAGUUCACUGUGGUUUUGAAUGCCCUGAAGAUGCUACGAGGUUACGAUGGGUGAAGCUUCUCCUCGAAACGGAUCCUGAUUCACGCAAGUCAUAUCUCCUCGACUCCGAGGAGGUACAGGCGACCCGUCGAGCCAUCCAAGAGCUGGGAAAAUCCCCUACAACGGUGGUUGGCGAUUAUCUAAAGUGGUUGUGGGCAAGAAUUGUCGAUUGCAUCUGCGACGAGCAAAACGAUCCUGACCUGGUCAAGAACAGCGAUGUCACAAUUGUGAUGACUGUCCCUGCUAUAUGGUCUGAUGCUGCCAAAGAGAAUACCCUGCAUGCUGCCGAACUUGCUGGUCUAGCAGACAACGGCCGUGAAAUUAAGUUCAUCACAGAACCGGAAGCGGCUGCUAUUUCCGAGCUUCAACAGCGCCUGAGCACUGGCCAGGUGAGAGCGGGAGACUGCGUGAUCGUCUGCGACGCCGGAGGUGGCACAGUCGAUGUCGUGAGCUACCAAGUCGCCAGAGUGCAUCCGAUGGAAUUGAACCAGGUCGCCGUUGCAGAUGGAGGUCUCUGCGGUUCCGUGUACAUCGACCAAGCCUUCACCAACCAGGUCAAAGGGGUGUUGCGAGACGAUUGGGACCGAUUGCCUGCAGCUGCGAAGAGUGAGAUCAUCGACCGUUUUACUUUCAUCAUUAAGCCGUCCUAUGAGGGGGGAGCCUCAACCGGUCCUAAGGCGGUGCAUCUAGGUGGUGUUGCCCACCUCAACCUUGAGCAUGCCAAAGAAGGCACUGUUCUGAUUGAACCAGAACUUGUCCGCAUCUCGUUUGAAAGCGUCCUCCCUGAGAUCCUGAGCCUCAUCGAUGAGCAGGACAUGGCCUUGGAGGAGAAAGGGUUGAAAGAACAUCUCAAAGGGAUCCUGCUUGUUGGUGGGCUCGGAAGCAGCCGUUUUGUCCAGUCGCGCAUCGAGCAGAGCUAUCCUCGCAGCGAGGGAGUCAAGGUCUGGCGUGGAAGGUCCAGCUGGACAUCGGUGGUCGAGGGGGCCGUCCGCUGCCUGUUUAUGUCCCUCGGAAAUAUACAAACCAUCAACACACGGCUCUCUCGCUGGAACUACGGCAUACCCUACAAUGUGCGCUUUGACCCAGCCCUGCACAGGCAGGAAGACAUGUUUUACUGCGAGGACGAACGAUGUGCCAAAGCAAAACAGAUCGAAUGGCUGGUGCGCAAGGGACAGGAGAUCCAGUCUUCGAUGCCCCCACAAUCUCACAAUUUCACCCAGAUCGUUCCGCAUAGUCCUCCGGUUGGAGGCUUCAUGGAGGUCGAUUUUACAAUUGUUCAGAGUGAUGAGAAAGACGCCCCUUCGCACUUCACGCCUGCCGUCAAGGAAUGUGCCGACAUAGCUUGUCGUGUCACUUCUAGACUCAUCAUUGCCGCCCGACAUCGAUCGCUGGCCGGAAAAGGAACGAAAGCCGCGCCCGCAUGGAAAGUCAUCAUAUCGCUGGAAAUUCAUAUGUUGGCAGCGAGGGUACGGUUCGCUAUGAAAAUGGCAGGGGAGGAAAUUGGCGCUACGCAAGUUUCCUUCCGCCAGCUUGUGCCCGGGCCCGUGCAGGCAGUACCAGAACCUGCCAUCGGGGUUGCUGUCGGAAAUGGGACGCAGAGUCCACGUGCUCAGCUUGAUGAAGUCGCCGAACAGGUCAUCAAAUCAGGUCACAUGUCCUACAACGCGGAGACUGGUGGUGAUGUUCAAUCAUCUCGUGAAUUCGACGAUGUCCUGGCGAAGGUACUACGCAACCGAGGUGAAGGCUCGAAACCCGAAUCUGAUGCGGAUGACGCAAAGAAAAUGCAGAAAAUGAAGAAACGAGCUGCUCUCAACGCCUUGUCACCAUCCGAUCCCAACAGCCAUGCUGUAGACGGAUCUGCGUUACCGAAUCCUGCAAGACUUCAACCUCUGCCAUCUCUGCCAGUUCGAGUUCAAGAGCUGCCCCAGACUGCUCCUAGGAACUAUGAUAUCGUCACAUUGGCUGAGCGAAAGGAAAUAGAACGACAAAAAAUCAUCGACCGACUCGCAGCGAGUCAAAGAGCGUCGAAGUUACAAAGCGAGCAACGUCCUCGGGAUGACAGUGAGGCAAACGGGUUCAGUCAAUACAUUGAUCACACGUUUGGAGGAAUGUCUUCGCCUGCUGCUAAAGAGACCGACAAACCGGCACGCCCGGCACCACUCAGGCCCACCACGAAACCGGCUCUCUGGGGCGAUAACUCGGGCUCCAACCCCCAAGACCAUGCGGUAGACUCAAAGAUAUCUCGUGGAUCCGCACUGUUACCUUCACCUGACGAAGAAGAGCGAGUCUCACGCCGCAACAGUCUGCGCAGUAUCCUCAGUGUGGAAUCUAGGUUAUCACUUCGUCGUGAGCUUGACGCUAACGUCACAGUGCCGUCCCCUCAGGGAGUAGGCGGCAUGAGCUCACCUCGGAAGACCGCGAGCCACUUACGGUUCAGCUCUUAUGGCUCGCUGUCCGAGCCGACUUUGGAGGAAGAAUCCUCAGAUCCAGUGCCCAGUCUAGAACGAAGCUCUUCCGGCAGUUCGACUAACACCGAUACGACAAUCACUCCUAGCAAUCACGACCGCCAGGCUUGGGAUGCAUUGAGGACGCAGACGGACUGGGAGAAUGUCAACUUACCGAGAACAUCGCCCCUCGGUGAGAUCGAAAAACUUUCGCCGCCAGGUCACCAAAGGCUGCGAUCGUUGUUACGAAGCAGAUCGGUCAGACAUAUUUUGUGA